ACGUGUAACAUAACAGUAAUAAUAAUUUUCAAAGGGGAGCUUGUGAGUUGAAAUAUUAGGCAACACAAACACACUCCUGAACCCAAUUACACAAUAGAAAGCGCUAUCAAGAACCCUGAUAAUGGGAAGGCGGAGUCGAUUUGUUUAUGAAGACGAGGACGACGAUGAUGAUAGGAGGAUGCAGUGUUGUGGUAACCGCGAGAAGAACUUAUGUAUUGAGGACUGGAGUUCUUUUCCAUCAAAAGAGUUGUGUCCCAUCCGGAAUAUCAUUGAGAAUGAUGAUGCUGAUGCUUUUGAUUCAUUUCUGAGGAAGUCAAAGAUCGUGUAUCAUAAUGAUGACGAGAUGUUGAAAUAUUCUAGUUUUGAAAUGUGCCCCUAUGGUAUUCUUGGUAAGAUGUGUCAUCAUCGUGCCGUCAAAUGUGCAACAAAGUUGCUUUCUCCCAGACGCAAGCUGGGUUCGCUAAUGAAGCUUAACAUUGUAAAUUGUUACGGAAGUUACCCCCUCCAUGAUGCAUCCCUUUCCUUGUCUCCUAGUAUGAUCCGGUUAUUUCUUAACCGUGGAGCUGAUCCUAAUGUUCGAUCCGUGGAUGCUGCACGUAUUUCUCCAAUGGAGUUUGCUGUUGAAAGUUUAAGCUGCGAUACAAAUCUGAUUAACUGGAGUCCAAAGAAAUCUGUUUACAAGUUAUUCAUCACACUGUGCCUCCCUCAAAUGAGAGAGGCACUCGAGACUAUUGACUUGCUUGUUGGGGUCUCAGAUUCCACUACCGUCAUAUCCGAUACAAUCUUCAGUGCUGUUAAAAGGGGACAAGUUGUUCCGGUGGCUAUUCUAUUGCUAUUGGCCCGAGACAGAGUUAUGCAGAGCUUUUACCAAUGUAAUAAGGUCACUAGUGGACGCAACUUGCAGUUUCCUGAAGCCAUCUUGAAUGAGCUUGGGAUGCUAAUUAAUCAGGAGUAUGCUUUAGUUGGCAGCAAAGAGCACGCGAAGAUUUUACAGUUGUGUCGGGGGAAAAAAGAGUUAAUGAUAUACUGUCUUCAAAUGAUUGAAAUCGUUAACAGGGUUGGGCCUGCUUUGAAAUCUUAUUUAGAAUAUCGGAUAUCUGAUGUGACAAAUGAACAGGUUUCCUCGGAUGUUGCAGAGUUGCUUGAAGGAGCUGGAUUCGGCUUGAGCACCAAUGAUCGCGAUAUAAGCGAUAUAAUGAGUUCACCCAAGCCUGACCUGAUGCCUUUCGACUCUACGCUUAAGCAACAAGAAUAUGAUGAAGAAGAGGAUCGCCAAGGAAUUUUCUUCAAGCCAUGUCGUGAACAACUCUGUAGAUGUAAUAUGAGAAGUCCAUCAUGCAUCACUAGCAAUAUGUUUCAGAGGAUAGUGGGCCCAAGCUUCUUAUACAAUCAGCAUCGUGGAUUUUCGUCCCGUGUUGGUCCAUCUAUUCAUCAACCUCUUUGGACAAUCCCUCGGAGCGAUGUCUGCUUCUUACCACGUUCAUGCAAUGCUUUAGAAGAGAAAGGACCUAAAAAACAAGCCGAGGAGAAAUGUUUAACUCCAAGAUUGAGUUUGCCUUGUUGUCUUGCAGCUGCUUUUCUUUCUCAUUCCCUCAGCGAGGUGUUUGAGCAUCUGGAUGUCAAAAAGAUAUCAUUCACUAUUUUUUCUGCUGUCAAGAAAGGGAAGGCAUAGAUGGUUCGUAUAACCUCCAAGCUCUAUAUGUGUUCCAUGUAUUUUGAUCAAGUCGUGGAGUAGCUCUAUAUGUGUUCCAUGUAUUUUGAUCAAGUCGUGGAGUAAGACUCGAUGAAUUGAAUUCUAUUGUGAAGACAUCUAAGCUGUAGACUGCUUGUGGUUUUACAACAACGUUGUUAUUUAUUUGAGGAAAAUCUGUUUAACACGUGCAAA